UGAAGUAGCCAUCAGCGGGACAUCAUCUUCACGCGACAAACCCAUGGGGCCUAUGGGUCUGCCUCGAUGUAAAGAAAACCGCAUUCGUCUGAAUUAAACACGAUAUAUAUAUAUAUAUGAUAGAAUAUGAUUUGUAAGUGUCCAGAAUGGGCACUAACAGAGAAUGAGCGGGCGUUUCUUUAGCGGCUCCCCGCUAUGGCUGCUCGGACGCUGCAGGAGCUUGUAGCCGCCGCUGCCUCCGUGCACUCGGACAGAGCAGCUGUGAGAUAUGACGGCGGGUCGGUGUCCGGGAGCCCCGUGUCCCUGCUGCUGUACCGAGAGCUGGUUGAACUGGCCGGUGAACUCUCUCAUAUUCUACGGAAGACCUGCUCUCCGAACAACGGAGCGAUCGGGCUGUAUUGUUGUGAUGAUUUGUUCAUACCUGUCUGGAUUCUGGGGAUCCUGCCUAUCGCUGCCUAUGUCCCACUGGACCCAGACUCUCCAGGACUCCUCACUGCCAGAGUCAUGAACAAGUGUGGCCUCAAGUACUGUGCUGUGAAGACCGACGUCCUGCAGCGAUUCCAGGCAGCUCUGGUCAACCACAUGUCUGUGGAGGUGUGUGUGGUGUUGCCCAAGUUCAAACUGACCGUGAUACACAUCGAGCCGCUGCCAGUCUCUGAACACCGACGAGGACCGGAACAACCCAGGGCUCUGACAGCAGAUGGAGCUGGUCUCUGCGAUCCAGCUGCAGGGUUAAAGGAGGCUGGCCACGGAGACGUGGCGUAUGUGCUGCACACAUCUGGAACCACUGGCCUUCCCAAGAUUGUGCGGGUGCCACACAAGUGUAUACUGCCCAAUAUACUGCAUCUGAGAUCUUUGUUUCAGAUGAGUGCAGGUGAUGUGGUCUUCCUUGCCUCGCCCUUAACCUUUGACCCCUCUGUGGUGGAUAUUUUCCUGGCCUUAUCGUCCGGGGCUCAGCUCCUCAUCAUCCCAACUGUGAUCAAGAAAAUGCCCGGUCGGCUGGCUCGACUGCUGUUCAAGCAUCACAAGACGACUGUCCUACAGGUCACGCCGACACUGCUCGGCCGCUUCGGGCAGCGCAUCCUGAAACAGGAAGUGUUGUCGCCGGGCUCCUCGUUGCGGCUGUUGGCCCUGGGCGGGGAGGCCUUCCCCUCCCCCGCUCUGCUGAGGAGCUGGAGGCACGAGGACAACCACACCCACAUCUACAAUAUCUACGGCAUCACCGAGGUGUCCUGCUGGGCCUGCUCUUACCAAAUCCCCGAGUCUCUACUGCGGUCCAGCAGCCCCACGCUGUCCUUUGUGCCUCUUGGGAGUCCUCUGAUGGACACAGUGGUGGAAGUGAGAGAUGACCAUGGCCGCGUUGUUACCGAGGGUGAAGGACAGGUGUUCUUAGGUGGAGAGGACAGAGUGUGUCUCCUGGAUGAUGAGGAGACGGCCGUCCCCGGGACGAUGAGAGCCACUGGAGACUGGGUGAAUGUUAAAGACGCGCAGCUGUACUACCUGGGACGGAGAGACAGGCUGAUAAAACGCCACGGAAAGCGGGUCAACUUGGACAGCUUGCAGCAAGAAACUCUAGGUCUUCCUGAAGAUGCGGCCAUUGAAGAGGACUCCAACUUCCUGCUGAGUGGAGGAGAUUCCCUGAAGGCACUCUGCCUGUGUGAAGACAUCCUCGCUGCUGUGGGGGGGUCUUCGCUGGAGCUUUUGAAGGUUCUGCUCGACGGGACCUUCUCCGACGUACUGCGCCACGUCGCGAGAGUAACGCUGAUGCCGCCGCUUGAGAACAGCCAGCCAUCGCCUGAGUCCAAGAAACGAGACGCCGACGCUCCCCCUGUGGCGCCGGCCAAAAGAGAGCGCACCGAGUCGACGGCAGCAGAGAGGGCGCAGGGAGAGACGUGGGCUGUUAAAGUUGUCAGACGAGCGGGUGAGGUGAUGGAAUUGCAAACCGGAAGUCCAGAGGCAAAUAAAACCCUCCAGGCUGAUGCGCUGGGAGAAAAGAGUUCCAGUAAGGACCCCAGCGGUGAUGUUCUGGGCCUCAGCCUGAGCUGGUCCUCCGACACAGGCAGAUGUGUGGACGCCUCCCCGGUGCUUCUGGUACAACACAGGACCGAUCGGAGCUCAGACGAGGGUAGGAGGACAGUGUUCAUCGGAUCCCACUCACACAGGAUCCAGGCUUUAGACCUGACCGACGGGAGGCUUCUGUGGGAGCAAGUUCUCGGGGACAGAAUCGAAGCCUCGGCCGCAGUGUCUCACUGCGGAAGCCUCGUGGUUAUAGGUUGCUACAAUGGCUGUGUGUAUUUUCUGUGCGCUGCGUCUGGAAAGAUGCGGUGGACGUUUGAGACGGGAGACGCCGUGAAGAGCUGUCCCGCCGUGGAUCCCCUCACAGGUCUGGUGAUAGUGGGCUCACAUGAUGGGCAUGUCUACGCCCUGGACCCAAAGGUCCAGCAGUGUGUUUGGAAGCGUCACUGUGGGGGUGGAGCUGUGUUUUCCUCCCCCUACCUCCACGCCUCACUCAGGCAGCUGUACGCCGCGUCACUGGGAGGUCACCUCCUCUGUCUUAACCCUGACAGCGGAGAGGUCCUGUGGUCAAACUGUAGAGACGUCCCGUUCUUCUCGUCACCAAACGCCUCCUCUGGUCACGUGAUGAUCGGCUCAGUGGAUGGAAACAUCUGCUGCUUCAGCCACACAGGGACACUGGUUUGGCAGUUUUUAACAAAAGGACCCGUGUUCUCCUCACCGUGUGUCACGGCCGACCAGCAGAGGGUUCUGUGUGGAUCACACGACGGCUGCCUGUACUGUUUGAACUGUGCCGACGGCUCUUUAGUUUGGACUUUCCAGACCACGGGGAAGGUGUACUCCAGUCCGUGCGCGUUUGAUGGCUCCGCCAUGGGCAAAAGGGGGGUUCUGGUGGCUCUGGCCUCCACAGACGGCACAGUGUGGAUCCUGGAUGGACAAGAUGGACAAAUGCUGGCCUCAGUAACUCUGCCUGGGGAGCUGUUUUCAUCCCCAGUGGUGUACGAACACUCCCUCGUAGUCGGGUGCCGCAAUGACUAUGUGUAUUGUUUAAAGCUGACUGUCAAAGAAGGACAAGAUGUAUUUCUGCACUGAUGGCUUUUAUAUCUGUGUCAGAGCAAAGGGGGUGCUUUGGGAAUUACAUUUUUAAUUAAAGUUCAGGGAAAUAAUGAGUC